AUGGGGAUUUUGAAUUGGGGGUUUAGAUCCAAUAUAAAGAUUCAUCAAGUACCAGAAUCAAAAUCAAUUGAAUUACCAAGUAAAAAAUCCGGUGAAACAAUUACUUUUAAUCAAUUAAUUUCAACUUUAAAUACAAUAGAUCCAUCAAAAAAGUUAUGGUUAAAUCCUUUAUUAUUUAAUGGUUCAUUACAAACUUUAUACUAUACCUCAGCAAAUAGUCCAGAUAAAUUUGUGAUUUGGUAUGGUAGAGAAAUUUUCAAUUAUAAAGAUGGUGGUGUUUGUUCAUUAGAUUGGGUAAUUGAAAAACCAGAAUCGAAAGAAGAAUUUAAAAAAAUUGGUGAAGAAACAUUACCUGAAGGGUUCCCGAAAUUACAUCCAAGAACUAGAUAUUUUACAAAAGAAGAACUUGAAAAUUUAAAUAAACCAUCUAUUGAAAAUGAUAAACCAAUACUUGUUAUAUUACAUGGUAUGGGAGGUGGUUCUCAUGAAGCAUUAAUUCGAGAUUUUGCACAAGUUAUUCAAAAAAAUACUGACGGUUGGGAUAUAGUUGUUAUUAAUAAUAGAGGAUGUUGUAGAACAAAAGUCACGACUGAAAAAUUAUUUACAGCACUUGCAACUGAUGAUGUUAGAGAAGUAUUGACUGAUUUUAAAUCAAAAUGGCCAAAUCGUAAAAUCUUCAUUACUGGAUUUAGUUUAGGUGCAGCUAUAUUGGCAAAUUUCUUAGGUGAAGAAGGUGAAAAAGGUGGUGAACAAUUAGUUACUGCUGCUUGUGCUGUUUCUUGUCCUUGGGAUUUUAUAGAUAGUGCUUACCAUAUAGAAAGUUCAUAUACUGGUAAAUAUUUACUUGGCCCAGGAUUAACUAGUUUUUUAACCAAAAUAGUCAAGAACAAUUACAGAGAAAUUUCAACUCAUAGACCAGAUUUAGUGAAUGAAGAAGUUAUGAAAAAAUUAAAAACCAUCAAGUCAACAUGGCAAUUUGAUGAUUUGAUUACAUGUAAAACUUCCAAUUUCCAAAAUGCAUUCGAAUAUUAUAGAGAAGCAUCACCACAGAAUAAAAUCUUGAGUAUCAAGACUCCAUUAUUGAUUAUAAACUCAACUGAUGAUCCAGCGGUUGGAUGCAGAUUACCAAUUCUUGAUUGUAAAACAAAUCCAUAUUUAUGUUUAGUUGAAACUGAUCUUGGUGGUCAUUUAGGGUACAUUGAUUUCAAUGGAGAGUUCUGGUGUGUCAAGGCUGCUGAAGAGUUUUUCCAAAAAUUUGCUGACCUUUGA